UUUCCUAAGUUCCCCUUCCUUCAAACAGAAUAAUUUCCAGAGAGAUACAAGAAAUGGCAUCUUUCAACAAAUUAAAAAACGUGCUAGUGCUGGCAUUUGACUGGAUUCUGUAUGGUGCUGGUACUACAGAUACCUGCCGAGUCACCGUAACACAACCCAGAUUUCAGGAAGCUGACUAUUCCAUGCAUACUGUGUUCCUAACAUGCGCUUUCUCUGCCUCUGGAUGCUCCUUGUCCCUACCUCAAGUUCUAUGGUUUCGCUUUUUAACUAAUGAACAUGAGGAUUUGUGUACUCCUGGAUGCAUGGAUCAGAAGAAGUACAAAGUACAUUUAUCACUACAAAAUACUACACUUCAGAUCAAUGAUCUGACUGUAGAUGACAAUGCUGUUUAUAUCUGCGGAAUAGCAUUUUCAAAUUCAGGUUCACCUCAUUCUAAACAAACAGGAGAUGGAACAGUACUAACGAAAACAGCAGCAGAGAAGCAGCACAGCAAUGGAAAGCUCGUCUUCAUCUUCAUGAUCGUCGCCUCAUCCUUACUGUUUCUAUACUGCAGUACUGUAUUCACAUUCUUUGUGGUCUACAAGUUAAAACCAAAGCUGCUAAAGAAAAGUGGGAAUGAAGACCAAAGAACAGAGCACUGUAAAAUCAGUAGCGGACGAAAAAUUUUUCAAGCAAUUGCCCAAGAACUUCAAAAGCAGAGGUACACUGAACAUUGCCGACAGCCUGAUGAUGUGGAAGAUGAUACUGUUUAUCAGAACAGAUGAGCGUGUUUGGCAGUUCAGAUUUAUGCAAUAUUUCUCAUGAAAGCAAAGGGGCAGAUGAAGAAGUUAAGCUUCUUCACAGACUUCUUUUGCUUUAAAAAGAGAGGAGAAAACCUUGCAUGCAGCGUUCUUCAAGAGUAUUUUCUAAACAGAUCACCAAACCCAAGUGCACUGUACAUUACAUCUAUGUUAUAUAUUACUGCCAUUUUCCAUUCUGCAAGAGUAAGAAUUGUGGGAAAAGACUAUAUCUUUCAUAAGAUAACUGUUAAUGCUUAAUAAAAGUUUCCUUUUUCAGUUUAGAUUUAGUUCUAUGUCUUUUUUUCUUUUUACAUAAAUUUACAUGUAUUCCUUUUACAUUAAUUGAGCAUUUGUGAAAGAUGUAUGAUAAUUGACAGCAACAGAAA